AUGGUGGACCUACAUCAAGUGUCCUCUUUCGAGGACGAGCCUGACCUCGCUCCUGGAACCUUCAAAUUGAUUCGAGACGAUGAGUCUGAUGAGUACGGCCAACGGGUCAUCAUGCUUGACCCAAUCCCGUCAAAUGAUCCCAACGAGCCCUUGAACUGGAGCAGUAUGCGAAAGUCGGUUAAUUUUACUAUAGUUCUAGCCAUGACAAUCAUCAUCUUCACAGCACUAUCCAUCCAGGCAAUAUUCUGGCAGCAGAUGGUUGUGGAUCUCGAGGUGACAUACACCGAGCUGAAUCGAGCUAUCUCAGUCAAUUUUGUCGGCCUGGCCACUGGCUGUAUCUUUUUCAUCCCUUUCGCAAAGAAGUACGGUCGACGACCAGUCUACAUUGUCUCUACCGGUUUGAUGUUGGCCACAUCUUUUUGGGCAUCGAAGAUGCAUAGCCUGACGGAGUUGUAUUUGAUGAACCUGCUCCAAGGCUUGGCCGGUGCCACAAAUGAAUCCAUCGCUGAAAUUACUAUUUCCGACUUGUUCUUUGUCCACCAUCGGGGGACAAUGAACGGUCUGUAUAUGACUUGCGUCAUGAUCGGUAGUUUCUUGACACCGAUGGCAGCCGGUGCCCAAGCUACGUCGCAAGGAUGGCGGAUGUCCUAUCAGACCAUGGGUGUCUUCAAUGUCGUACUUUUCCUCUGUUUCUGCUUCCUGUAUGAGGAAACCAAAUAUGUUCCUCUGUUCACAGGACGAACCAGUAAUACUGAGGAAGAGGAUGAAGAAACCGAAGUAUAUUCACAACAUAAGAAGAAACAACAAAACAAAGGAGACACCACAACAGCUGGCCAGAAAAUCAAAUCAGCUACCGAACCCAGCGCCGGUCACCACCACCUCGACCUAACAAUUCCACACAACUCAUGGAAAAAGCGACUGGCAUUAGUGACACCCACCCCGGAGCCGAUUUUGCCUCAUUUCUACCGCCCAUUCUGCGUGUUUAUCUUCCCAGCCGUUGCAUUUGCCGCACUCCAAUACGCUGCCGGUGUUGUCUGGCUUACCGUCCUGUCUAAUGUCCUUUCACUCACAUUUCCGUUGCCACCAUACAGUUUCACACCCGAACAAAUUGGCUUCACCAGUGCCGGUCCACUCAUCGGCAACGUGCUCGGUGCGAUAUAUGGCGGUGUUCUAGGCGACAAGUCUAUUCUUUACUUCUCAAGGAAGAAUAAAGGGUACUAUGAGCCCGAGAUGCGUCUCUAUAUCCUGCAUCUUCCCGCUCUUGUUAUGGCGGGUGGCCUGAUCAUGUUCGGUGUCACCAUCUCCCGGGGCAUGCACUGGAUCUAUCCCAACGUGGCCGGUGGCCUCUUCGGGUUUGGACUCGGUAGUAUCAGUGAUGCGGCACUCGUCCUCGUAAUGGAUAGUUACAGAGAUGUCAGUACACUGUCCUUCCAGAAGUUCCCAUUCCUCAAAAUAUUCUCCGUACUUAUGAUCUUAUCUACCCAGAUAACCGGCGAAGCUUUCACAGCCGUAGCAUUCAUGCGCAACGCAGUCAGCAUCGGAAUCCCUUUCGCGAUAACACCCUGGAUCCAACGCAACGGUCUCCAGAAUAUGUUCGUGGCAUGUGGCUUUAUCAGUUUCGGUGUUACACUAACCAUAAUUCCCAUGGUUAUUUGGGGCAAAGCCGCCCGUCGUGCGCUUGCGGGACGGUAUCGCGGCAUUGUUGAAGAACAUGGGCAUGCGGGUCCACAAUGA